AUGCCUCAGGUACGCAUUCGACAAGAGGACGGCGUGACGGUGAGCAAAUGGGUCGACAUCAACUACGAUGCUAAAGUCGCGGCCUCGGCCUCAAACGGUGGCAUCCUGCCCUUCUCACCCGCCCUCUACACUUCAGACUUUCCACACAAAUCCGUAUGGAGCAAGGAGAACUUGCCUGAGGUCCUGCUCUAUCUUGAACCUCCGCCCAGUCGGUACAGUGGUAUCAAGGUCGAACCGCUCCUUGAUAAUGGAGUGCCCGUUCUUGGUGAUGGAGGUACUCCUCUCCGAGCCUUGGAAGUGCUCCCUCGCCACAUCAGCGUUGAUGUUGAAGGCUGGCUUGUCGAAACCUGGCGUCGAAUCGACUCCCGAAUCAGAUACAGCGAUAUCCUUGACCGCAUGGUCGCAGACCCUACAUUUGGUGGAAUAGGUCUCAAGAAGCCCAGCCCCAAUAUCCUACAGAACAACUGUGGGCGUGGAUGCCGGAAACUCCUAAAUACCUGGACCGGGCAUAUCAACCGAGAAGAGCCGCACCGCACCGAGGUCGAGGCCAUCGAGGAAUUGACGUCGCAUCACCUGACCUACAAUACAGUCCUGGAUGUCAGUGAGCUCUUUCCUACUCGACUUGUCAAGGUCAAACUUGUCCAGCGGGUCGACUACUCUCCCCUUCAUGUUGAGAAGUACGAAGUCAGUGUGACCAACUGGCAACACACUACGCUUCCCCUGGACCAUUUUAUCAGAGGGGCGGGUCCCAGAGUGAACAACGGUAUGGACAACGCCAAACUAACAGCCUGGGAGUUACUGUUGGUGCUCCAGGAGCGGGCUCGAAACCACGAUCUUCAGCACUGGUCUAAGCUACCCAAUUCAUGUCUUCCUGUCACCUGGUUCGAACGCACCCGAAACAAGCAGGAGCCUAAUGACACCUUUGAUGGCGGGUGCGACUUGUGCACAUGGUCUUCAGACUAUGCUGCGGCGACGCCGGAGGUUGACAGCGCCAAGCAGAAGACAAACACGACGCAAACCAAGCGGCGUGCAGAGGACAAUGAGGGCGACAGCGCCCCAAAGCGGCUGCAGACGGCAGCACCGCCGGCACAACAGCCUCAGCCCAGCAACGUGGUCCAACACAGCUGGGUGCCAGUAGGUGCGGUUCACGCCCCGGUUGGACAGACGGGCCUGUACAACACAUACUCAGGACAGCCGCCCUUGUACAACUUGCCCACAAACCCGUCGAUGCCUCACAACUUCAACGGUUUUGCCAGCAACUCGUGGAUGCCGCCCACUGCCAACACUUUUGCCAGCAACCCGCCCAUGAUCCCUGCUCUCAACAAUCUUGACAGCAACUCCUUGGCCCCGGAUUCUACGGAAUCUGGGAUCCCACCGAGGAUGACCCUCUCGACCCUCUCGACCCCAACUUGA